AUGCGAGGUAGCGUACAAGCCGUUCCGAGCACGUACUACAUCAACGGCAAUGCGUACUUUAGUGGCAAAACAGUACUGUACAAUUCAAAACGUAAUCCGAAUUUUCAAUCCUAUUUGGACCAUUUAACGGAGUCGAUACAGCCGUCGUUUGGGGCUGUGCGGAACAUUUACACCCCCGAUUCCGGACAUCGAGUGGCACGAUUUCAGGACCUGCAGCCUAAUGCCAAAUACGUGGUCGGCGGUUACGAAAUAUUCAGACCAUACAAGUAA